AUGGAUAAACGUACGGCCACAUCACGCCGUACAUGGCCACUCCGUGUCAGAUCGUCAAUGAAUAGUAGAACUCAUAGUGAAACGCAAAAUUUGAUUUAUGAUGGGGGCUAUUACGAAAAAACUCAAACAUCUGCAACUGGUUCAAAUCGUCGUAGUCAAUUACUCUUGACAAUUAUUAUAGCCUUAAGUGUUCUACUGGCAUGUUGUUGUAGUGUUUAUGGUGCUGUAUCUAGUGGAAGGGGUGGAGGUGGUGCCCUUUAUAUCUUACCCGUCAUUAGUCUACUAGCUUGGGUUGUUUCACACGUUAUUUUGGUUCUAUUUUCGCGUGCCGAUGAUUUUCAAGCAUCAUGGUUUUUGUUUUUUUCAGGUGGCAAUAUUUUCUUUCAAGCACUUUUAUGUACAAUAUUAGGAUUGACAAAUAAAUGA